AUGAAGCUGCUUUGGAUUCUCGCGCUUGCCAACGCUGUCGCAGCCUCGUUCGACAUGGAGCUCCUCCAAGACAUUGCCAAGGCGUGCUCGUGCGACACCGACUGUCCGCAAAUCACGUGCUACGCCGCCCCCGUGUGCACGCGCGGGCGCUGCGCGUACACGCAAAAGCCCACCGGUGCCAAGUGCCCGGGCCAGAGCUGCACGAACGGCGGCGCCUGUGACGACGACGCCAACGAUUAUUGCAACGACAAGGCCGAAUGCAUCAGCGCUUUCAAGCCGUCGACGAGCGUGUGCCGGCCUUCCAGUGGCCAGUGCGAUGUCGCCGAGAUGUGCACGGGGUCCUCGGGCGCGUGUCCAAUCGACAGCUACGCACCUCCGACGAUGGCGUGCUCGGGGAGCUGCAACGGUGGUCCAUGCGAUGCCCAAGACUACUGCGAUGGUUUUGGCAGCUGCAUUGACAAGUUCUUGCCGUCGACCACCGUCUGCCGCGUCUCCAAGGGUGCCUGUGACGUGGCCGAGACGUGCUCGGGGACGUCGGGGUCGUGUCCCGUGGACCAGUUUGCCUCCAAGGACAAGUCGUGCAGCGGAGCGUCGAAUGGUGGCGCGUGCGACGGACAGGACGUCUGCGACGGCAAGGGCAACUGCGUCGACGUGUAUUUGCCAUCGACGACGGUCUGCCGCGCGUCCAAGGGCGACUGCGACGUGAGCGAAAAGUGCACGGGGACGUCGAGCGCAUGCCCUGCCGACGGAUUUGCAGGUGCGGCGACCAAGUGCACGGGCACGAGCAACGGUGGCGCGUGUGACGACCAGGACGUCUGCGACGGCAAGGGCAACUGCGUCGACAAGUACCGUCCGUCCACCGUUGUGUGCCGCGCCGCCGACGGCAAAUGCGACGUCGCCGAGACGUGUACGGAUCUCUGCGACGGCGAGGGGUCGUGCGUCGACAAGUUCCUCAACGGCGUCGUGUGUCAAAAGCCCGUCGGGUACAGCCGCCCGACCUACUGCAACGGCAAGACGUCGAGUUGCCCGGUCGCGAGCUUUCUCAGUUUGCGCGAGGCCAGUGACGACGACGUGGCGGCCACCGAGCAGUUGCUGGUCGCGAUGCAGCCGUCGUCGCCGAUGGUGCUGCUUGGUCUUGUCUGCGUCGUGGCCGUUGGCGUCGCGCUCGUGACCGUGCGCCAGCAGCAUCGCGCGGCGUCGCAGCACGACUACAUGGAGCUCUCCAUGUAA